AUGGUCUUCUAUGUCACCCAAGGACCUUACGCAUGCUCUGCUCUUAUCAACAUAGAUCGGCUGCGGAAGACUUUCAAUAGCACCUACCCAAUUGUUGUCUUCGUCAAGCCUGGCCUUCAAUCAAGCUUUCUAGAUCUUUUCACUGCCUACAACGCGACUGUCGUUCUCUACGAGCCUCCCCCAAUCCCGAUCAAUACGUCGUCCUAUUACACCGGUGUACUCUUGAAGCUUGUAAGCUUCCGUUUGCAUCAAAUUAUACCAUCUCUGAAUCGUGUUCUCGUAUUGGACUCUGAUCAGUUGAUCCUUCAAUCGCCUGAUCACUUGUUUUCGCUCCCAGUAGUUGAUCUUGCGGCGCCACGUGCAUAUUGGAGCGAAGACCCCACCGAGCUUACCUCGGCGCUGAUGCUCAUUAAACCGAGCGACCGCUCAUGGCGUCGAGUCAAGCAGGCCAUGGAUGAGAUUAAACCUGGCGAGUUUGACAUGGACAUAAUCAACACCUUAUUCGGUAGGACGGCCCUUGUCCUCCCUGGUGAAUACUGCACCCUCAAUACCCAAUGGGAAGUCAAUGAAGUCCCCAGAUGGUGGCAAGGCCAGGAACCGCUUCGUGAUCCGAGCUGGAGGCCGAAAUUGAAUUCCUCCGCUUUCACUAAGCCCUUAGUGAGAUGGUCCGAGUCCAAACGCUCCAUUAUCAUAGACUCUAAAACAGCUCCUGAGAUGACGCCCGAAGAGAGUAUGGGUAGUGCAGCAAGGGAAAGAUACAAAACAGCAUUAGCGAACGAGGAAUUGCAAGAAAGGGCAGCUCGUCUCAAGGACACUCUGACCGACGUCUAUAAUAAUAAUGUCAAGAUGCUUCACUACACAGCAUAUGGCAAGCCAUGGAAUAGUCCAAGCAACGAAGUUCGAGAACGGAGGAAAUGGGCACAUCCUUUGUUUUCGGAGCAGAUGGCCACAUGGAGGGAAGCAGCUCGGAACAUCUGCCCAGGAUAUGAAGAGAUUUCUGUAUGA